AUGGCACGACACGGCAGUAUGAAUGUAUCUCUUGCCGCAUGCGGUCUCGCGCCGUCAAUUCUGGCGGCACUCUUUCGUGCAGGUUUUCGGUAUCAAAAAGAUCUAGAAAACGUCUCAGCGCGUGAAUUAGCCAAUGAGGCGGAAAUUAGUGUGAAAGAUGCAGUGAGAGUACUGGAAUUCACUCAGAAUAAAGAACACUCAACAGCCGUGGGAGACACAGCACUGGAUCUAUUACAGGACGUGACAAAGAUCCAACCAAUUUCCAUGAGACUUCUUGGACUGGAUGGAUUACUGGGUGGCGGUUUGCAACGUGGUGAAGUCACGGAAAUUUGUGGUGGCCCUGGGACUGGGAAAACGCAACUUGGUAUCCAUGCUUGCUUGGCUGUGCAGUAUUUGGCAGAGGAGACUGGGAAGACUCCAUCUGCUGUCUUUAUUGAUAGUGAAGGAAGUUUUAUUAUCGAACGCGUAGCAUCGAUGGCUGAACAUUUUCUCGUGGAUUUUUAUCAAGUGGGGCCGGAAAAGCUGACACGAGACGACUUAUUGCGAGGGAUCACAUAUUAUCGUACACAUGAUUAUGUGGAGCAAAUGGAAGUGCUUCAUUCGUUACCAGCCUGUUUUCGAACAAACGAGUGCAAACUUCUAGUGGUAGACACUAUUGCUUUCCACUUUCGUCAUGGCUUCGACGACUAUGCUAAAAGAACACGAGCAUUGGAUGACGUUGCUACUUUUCUGCAUGGACUUGCAGCUGAUUUCAAUUUGGCUGUGGUGCUGAUUAACCAUAUUACUACGAAAGCAUCUCGUGAUGAGAACGUCGGAUCACAGCAGCGGCCAGCACUGGGCGAAAGCUGGGCACACUCAAUUGAUAAUCGAAUUGUUCUAGAAUGGAUGGCGAAUUCACGCGUAGCUCGCCUGGUUAAGUCAGCCGCUCUAGCACAUGACUCAGCGCUUUUCGAAGUUUCUGAGCGAGGAGUUCGCGAUGCGGCGGACGAAGAGUAUUAA